AUGACAAGAAACACACGAUUACGCGCGCGGCUCGUCGUGCUCGCCGGUGUGAGCCUGCUUCUCGGUGCCCAAGCACAGGCGACAUGCUACAACACAUGGGGGGAAGCGGACGCAAACCAGAAGCCAUGCUACGCGCCGGGCGCCGACACAAACGCGGCCACAUGGUGCUGCAGCCGGGGCGACACCUGCCUCUCCAACGGCCUCUGCCUGAACCGCCAACAAACCGCCAUCCCCCUAGUCCCCUGCCCCAACACCCUCGACCCCGCCACCAACGCCAUCAAAUUCUGCUGCGGCGGCCCCGACACCACCACCUGCUGCCAGACCAGCAGCUCCGACCGCCGCACCCUCCCCACCGGCACCAUCCUCCCCAGCACCUCCAGCUCCUCCUCCUCAUCUAACUCCUCCUCUGACGACUACUCCCUCAAAAUCGGCCUGGGCAUCGGCCUCGGCAUCGGCAUCCCCAUCUUACUGGUCUUGCUGGCAGUCGCCUACCUGCUCGCGCAGCCGUCGCUGCACGCAAGGAAGAGGAGGCGGGAGAGGGCGGCGGCGCAGGCGGAGAGGAGGAAAAGGAAGGCCGGUGGGGGUGGGAGUGGUGGUGGGGGGUUUGGGGACGGCACGAACACGGAAAAGACGUCGGAUACGUCGCAUACCUAUCCGCCGCCAAGGUCGUUUGGGCGGGUGGAUACGCGGACGAGGGCGUCGAGUGAGGAGGGGGGGGAUAGGAGUGGUGGUGGGGAAGGGGGGUUGGGGUUGGGGAUGGGGAUGGGAGGACCAGGGGGUGGUGGUGGUGGUGCGCAUGCGUGGCCGCCGUUGCAUGGGAUGGGGGUGGUGGGUGGGAGUGAUGGGGGACCGGCGUCGGCGAGCAGUGUGGCGACGGCGAUUGCGCAGUGGGCGCGCUCGCCGUUUGGGUUUGGGGGCAUGGAGCCGCCGCCGCCGAGUCCGAAGGAGAUGGAUGCGAGUGGCGCGGGCGGGAGGGGGAGGGGUGGUUGGAGGGGAACGACGAGUCGGUUGGGCGCGGCGGAGUUGCCGUCGCCGGAUCCGAAUGUGCGCCCGUCGGGGCGGGAGAGCGGUGUGAGAGGGUGGAAGGAGAGUCGACAUGUGCAUGUUGCUACCGAGGUCGAGUUGCCCACGCCGGAUACCCCUGAGAGGGAUCUCGAGAGGGGGUUGGGCGGGAAGUGAUGGGAAGGGUCUGGCAUCAACAAGAUCUUGUUUGUGGCUUAUAACAGCAUUUUUAUUAUUUUUUAUGAUACCUCGAACAUGCUAGCAGUAUCAAAUCCUAGCAUUAUUAUUAGGUAGCAAGCAAUGACUACCUAGUCAAGAUCAUA